UGCAUGUGACAACAGUGUACUUGAAUCCUGAAAGAAUCUCAUCUGAUUUCGUCAUUUGAUCGAGAGUGUUGAGAGAUGUGGAAUGAAGUAGAAGGACCCGUCCUCGGGUACUGGCUUCAAUGGCAAGUCCUGGUUUGCGCUCUGAUUAUAGCAGCUCCGGCCACCGUAGCUCUCAAAUUCGCAUGGAAAGGAAAGCCGGAGCCGCCACUGAAAUCGGUGGAGUUGUGGGGCACUUGCUGGAGAACCCUCGAUCCUCUCUGGCUUCUCUUCUAUCGAGCUUUCGCCUUUGUGGUAAUGGCCAAACUGCUCUUCGACAUGACCUCCCAAUUUGGUCUUUUCACGCUCGUUUUCUACACCCAGUGGACCUUUGCUUUGGUUAUCCUCUAUUUCGUGCUGGGCACAAUUAUAUCUGCGCAUGGAUGUUGGGUUGGAAGGUCUUCUUACAGAGAUGAUCAAAUCAAGGGUAAAGUGAAACCGAAAAGCAACCAAGCUCGAAAUGCGAUUCAACAAAGAGCUGGAUUCUUUGGAAAUCUAAUGCUCAUCAUGUAUCAGACGUGCGCAGGUGCUGUAAUGCUAACAGACAUUGUAUUUUGGUGUCUGAUACUGCCAUUCCUCACAAGUAUGGAAUUCCAACUAACCUUUUUGAUAGGUGCCAUACAUGCUCUCAACGCUGUUUUUCUAAUCGUGGAUACCGCUCUCAAUAGGCUCCCAUUUUCGAAGUUGGGUUUUGCAUAUUUUGCGCUAUUCGGAGUCGUCUAUAUUAGUUUCCAAUGGCUCAUUCACGCCUUUGGUGUUAAAUGGUGGCCGUAUCCUUUCCUUGAGCUGAACACACCAUUGGCACCUUUGUGGUAUUUUGGGUUGGCAGUGUGGCACAUCCCCUGUUACUGGAUUUACUCCCUCAUCAUCAGCUCUAAAUUUUCACUCCUCCCCAGAUUGUUUCCUCUUUCAUUUCUACGAUCCUAAUGCUAGGACGAUGACGACAAGAGUUGCAGCCAUCUACCAUUGUUUACAUCAGAAAACGAGUGUUAAAUUCACUAGCCUAAAUAUAUUUUAAAUUCCAUAUAAGCAUGUGUGUUAGAAUAUUAUUCAAUAAGAAGGGAUAUCAAACUUCCACAA